AAUCUGUAAAAGGAAUCUGUUUCUCCCUCUCCUACUUCCUCGCUUAAACUCCUCCAGCGGCAGAGAUCCGAUAUCGCCUUCGUCUCCAGACACAGAAGGCCUUGUGUCCCGCCGAGCCUCGUCCUCCCACCAUGUACUCUGCAGGCCUGGAGAUCCUGGGGAUGAUCCUGGCGGUGGCGGGCUGGCUGGGGGUGAUGGUGGCGUGCGGCCUGCCCAUGUGGCGCGUGGCGGCCUUCAUCGGCCAGAACAUCGUCAUCUCCCAGGUGAUCUGGGAGGGCCUGUGGAUGAACUGCUCGGUGCAGAGCACGGGCCAGAUGCACUGCCGCGUCCACGAGUCCAUGCUGGGGCUUCCCACGGACCUGCAAGCCGCCCGGGCCUUGGUCAUCGUCUCCAUGGUGAUGAGCAUCGUGGGAAUCGGCUUAGCGGUGGCCGGCGCCAAGUGCACCAACUGCAGCCGGGAUGUGAGCAGCAAGCCGCGGCUGGUGGCGGCGGCCGGCGUGACGUUCGUGGCGGCCGGGCUGCUGAUGCUGGUGGCCGUGUCGUGGACGGCCCACGCCAUCGUGCUGGGCUUCUACGACCCCAUGCUGGAGGAGACGGGGAAGCGGGAGUUCGGGAACGCUCUGUACUUCGGCUGGGCCGCGUCCUGCCUGCUCAUCCUGGGGGGCGCUCUGCUCUGCUGCUCCUGUCCGUCUAAAGCAGCGGCAGCGCCGAGUGGCGCCGUCUCCGCAGCGCCCAGGGUGGAUUACUCAGCCGUCAAAAGCACUUCGGUCAACGGAUACACCAGGAAGGACUAUGUCUGAACGACUGAUAUGACUGAAAAUGUUUGUGGAUAGAAAAACAAAAACAGAGAAUCUUACCAAGUAUUUUCCUCUAGUUUCUAAUGCGAAACUGAACAAAACUAACUUACAAGGAACUUUUCAACAAAAUAGGAGCUUAAACUUUGAAGAUGAGCUAUGAUUUAAACUAUUUUACAACUAAAUUUAUUCAUAAAAAUCUAAUUUUGAUUUAGGACAAUCGUUUAUUGUUUAGUCUAAAGUUUUCUAAAAUAUCAGAUUCUUAAUUAAAAUGUUCAG